AUGACGAGCGAGUGGAAGAUGUCGAUAUCGUCAAAUUCCUCAACGCCGCCUGCGCCCCCGGGACUGGUCGACGUCAACGCUUAUCAGAAGGCCAUCGACUCUUACAUCAAGUCGUUGAAUAGUCUAGUCGAUGUCGAGAACCUCCCCAAGAUCCCACCUCCCCUCGGCUUUCUCUCAUUGAAAGUGGACCCGAUACAGAGCUCGCUAGGCGCUGGCUACAGGCCCGCCAAACCAUUCGACAAGUUGGCGGCAAGCAAGAAGCAGCAGACGCGUUUUGAGAAGGAGGGGAACGAGGAGGGAGAAGGAGGAAGAAAGGAAGAGAAGAAGAGGAAGAAGGAAGGCGGUGAUCAGGCAGGAAUCGAUGGAUAA